AUACCGACCCGAACAACGUCACCAUUGCGGAUUUGGCUAUACCUGACACAAUGUGUUCACCGCCCGGUGGCGGAGGAUAUGAAUGUCCCGGUGAAAUGGUAAACUUCAAAUUCGUUGGAAAACAGGGCAAUUUUUCUGUGUGCAUGCGGUUAAAUCUGAACGCCAAAGCGGAAGGGUUCUAUGGCAUGUUUAACGACUUCGGCGCCAGUGUCUUCACAGUAUAUCUGGCAGCUUCCGAAGAAGGAUGGGUGUACGUAUUAUACGACUGUAUGGACUCAUUACCAUCACAUCUGGCUUUCAUCUAUUUCCUAACGCUGAUAUUCUUCCUUGCAUGGCUAGUAAAGGUGAACGUUCUGGAAAACGUCUUUAUUGCUGUAAUCACUGAAACAUUCGCCGAGAUUCGUGUUCAAUUCAGUGAAAUGUGGCAGAAAAAGGACAUGACAAGCUCGAAAAAAACGAAGAUGGCUGGCGUCUAA